CGGCUGGAGGUGGGGCUGAUAUGCGGGGUUGUGAUGCGGGAGUGAGGGGAGGCGGCUGUGUCUGUUUCUUGUGGAGUGAACGGAGCCCGUAGCGCGCCCUCCCUGAGGAAGGCUCCUCGGGAGUGUGGGAGGUGUCGGUGCGGGAAGCGCCGAGCGCUCGGUUUGUGUGCUGGAGAUUUUGUGGCGUUGACCUGACGCCUCGGCCCUGCCUCACGGGCUGCCGGCGCGUCCUGCCCGUUAACGGCGCUCCGAAGCUUGCGGCUCUGGUGGUCGUGUUGUUUGUGUCUCACUAAAACGUCCCAGAAAGGAUAGAAAGUGUCGCCCUGCCUAAGCGAAAUGCUGGUGUGGUAGCGCACAGCGAGCUGCAGGGGGCACGCUGAAAUACCUUCCUGUCAGGGGUUUGCCGAGGUAUAGGCCGGCUCAGAAAGAAAAGGAUACCUUUCCCAGUGGUGGAUCUAAAAGAGGAGAAAGGAGAACACAAACUAACAAUGUGCCAUUAUUCAUGCUUUUGAGUCUUCAAAAAAAAAUCAGUUGUGUGAGUUUGUAUGGCAACACCAGGACCACAGCUUGUGUUCAGCAGUUUCAGAAGCACGUGAUCAGCCCUUUGAAGCAAACUGUUACUUUGCACCACCGCAUAGGCCUUCUCUUCUGAGUAAACAUAUGCUUUUGUUGCCUGUUGAGUAGUUACUCUUCAUUAAAACAGCUGUGGAAUCUGAGACUGUCAAGCUAAUGUGUCUCAUUUGAAAUUUUGAUGCGGUGGCUUGGACUUCGAUUGGAGCAAGGCGUGACCUGGUUGUUCCCCUUUUAUUGAAGGAGAACUAGUGAGAAGUUACGAAAAAUGCUCUAAGCCCUUUUCACCUUUGAGUAUUUUGUACUUGUGGUGUGGGAAAAAUGAAUUCUACCAUGAGUGAGGAGCCUGAUGCGCUGUCUGUAGUGAACCAACUGCGAGACCUAGCAGCUGACCCCUUGAACAGACGGGCCAUCGUUCAGGACCAAGGAUGUCUGCCAGGUCUCAUCCUGUUUUUGGACCACCCCAACCCUCCUGUUGUUCACUCAGCUCUCCUAGCUCUCCGCUAUUUGGCAGAGUGCCGUGCCAACAGAGAAAAGAUGAAAAGUGAAUUGGGUAUGAUGCUCAGCUUACAGAAUGUAAUACAAAAGACCACUACACCAGGAGAGACUAAACUUUUGGCUUCUGAAGUUUAUGACAUCCUUCAGUCAUCCAACAUGUCAGACGUGGACAAUGUGAAUGAGAUGAAUUAUCGUCGACGGAAAGCACAGUUUUUCCUUGGCAGUACAAAUAAACGUGCCAAGACAGUGGUUUUACAUAUAGAUGGCCUUGAUGACUCGUCUCGAAGGAAUCUUUGUGAAGAAGCUUUGUUGAAAAUUAAAGGUGUUAUUAGUUUUACGUUUCAAAUGGCUGUUCAAAGAUGUGUGGUCCGAAUUCGCUCAGACUUGAAAGCAGAGGCUUUGGCAACAGCAAUUGCAUCAACCAAAGUAAUGAAGGCACAGCAAGUUGUAAAAAGUGAAAGUGGUGAAGAGAUGCUAGUUCCGUUCCAAGAUACUCCAGUGGAAGUAGAACAGAAUACAGAUCUACCUGAGUAUUUACCAGAAGAUGAAAGCCCUACAAAAGAACAGGAUAAAGCAGUGUCUCGUGUUGGGUCACACCCAGAAGGUGCAGCAAGCUGGCUCAGCACAGCAGCAAACUUUCUAUCCAGAUCUUUCUACUGGUGACUUGUAUUUGGUGUUAAAAGACUGUGUGAACCAACAGGGGGGCCAGUUUUCCAUUGGUGUGGUGAACUGCCAAGUGCAAUUUGCAAUAAAUUAUCACAGAAAUUUUAGAUUACGCAAAUGUAUGCUGCAUUUUACAUUUUAUUGGACGUUUAGCCUGAUAGGGCAGGGGUCAGAGGACAGAGGCCUCCAAUCAAGUCGUUCUGUCAUUUGUUUUUCAUGUAGGUUUUAUUGCUUCACUUUUUAAAAUGGGUCCACUAUUACAUACCAAACAUUUAUGUGUAUAGAGCUUUAAGUUUGACUUCACAUGAAACACACGAUAGGGAGAAUUCAUUUAACUCAAGUCUCAGGGCCUCUGUGAAUGAAAAUUCUUAAUAGCUCUAGAUGUACAUGAAAUAAAAUGCCCUUUUUAUUUCUGCAUCCCUUUUGACUAAUUUCAUUUAAUUCCUAGGUUUUGACUCCAGAGAAAAAAAAAAUAGUCUGCCUCUCUUUUUGCCUUCAUUUUUGCCAACUGUGUUCACAGAACGAGCAUGAUGUUCCCUUUUUUGCUAUUAAGCUAGAAUCACUACAGACUUGAAAUUUAUAACCCUUUUAUGUGUAUUAAAAUUGUUUCCAGUCUGACCUUAACCAUCGGAGUGCUUGACAUUAAGAAAUAAGGGGAUUGAAUAAACACAAAUAUGUGUACAUACGUUGUACAGUAAAUAAACUAGAACAUAUUUGUAAUGAUGGGUGUGACUGACUCAUGUAUAUAAGUAAUAAAUACCACUGACUGCUGUUUAGGCUAGUUGGGAAGACUGUAGCAAAAAAAGCUCUGGUCUAAGGUAGUGACAGCCCAUUGCAGCUCUGUCUGAAGAGAAUAGAGGAAUGUAAACUAUUUGAUUAAGAAAUGGUGUUCACUGUUAAGAAAUAUUUAAUGGUAACUGAAACUUUAUGAACUUGAAGAGUAAAGCAGAAAUGAAUGCCUCUUCUGCCACAGUGCCACUCAAAUUUAGGCUUUAACCCUUUUUAUUUUCUUUUACCUAACAGAUCUGAUAAUUAUCUCCUAAUGUCUUUCAUGAGAUUCCCGUGAAGUAUGUCAGCUUGGACAGGCUUAAAAACGUGCAAACAGUUGGCUUUACCUUGUUACUUACGGACAGCAUAGGUUUAAAGAUGUCUUGAUAAUUUCUGUGACCAGAAGUGAUAAUAAAAGCAAAACUUUUGUAGGUAGAGAAUAAUAUAGACCUGAGCUGUUAGUUAACACUGUGUGCCUGAGAGUAUUCAACACACAGUGCUUGAAAACUGCAGUGCCACUGCUUUGUUGCACUAGAGGAAUACAGCUGAGGACUUUAAUUAUAAACCUCAUUAUCUGAUGCUUUUUUUGUGGUAACGUAUUUGCUGUAAUAUUAACUAUAUUUACCACUUUGUAGACUUGGGGAAAAAGAGUUUUAAUGCAUCAAAGUUAAUUCCCGUGUGCCUUUGCACAAGGAAUAAAAGAAAAUUCACAGGCUGUCAUAAUACUACAGAAAAAUACUACAGAAAUGCAGAGGAAGUGGUGAUGUAAAAUAAUAACACAGAUCAGAGUUCACCCACCCAAGUUAAUUGUCAUUCUAGGACAAAAAAGAAACAAACACUUGUUGGCAGACUAAGUGUCUCAUGUUUUUUAAUAUAACUAGUUUAUUUUUGAUUCAGGUUUACACGCACAGAUUGAAAAUACAGGCUUUUCAGGGCAUGUAUUGCUUUAAAUAUGUAAUGUUACUCAUAUUGCUGUCUAGAAUGUUACAGUACAAAAUGUGUUUGAAAAGCCCUCUGUUCUAUAGCCAUGAAUGCAGAGUUUGUUCUUUUCUGCAUUAACAUCUGUUUGCAUUUGCAUUGCUGCACAUCUAUUUACUAAAAGACUACACCCUUUGGAUAUUAAUGGUUCAAUACCAGUAGGUAUUACAGUUUGUUUGUGCAUUCGGUCUGUAGGUGUGCUUUUAUGACAGUAUUGCAGCUCUUGUAGAACAGUUUAAGGCAUCUGUAAAAGUUUUUGAAAUAUAUUGUAAAAUAAUAAAGGAUAAUAUAACUAAA